UGUUUUCCUUACGCUGCUUACUUUUUUAUGUUUUUUUCUUUGUUGAGAUUUCUUAUUGCAAACAAUUGCUGCAGAUUUUGAAUGAUUCCCUCUUUUUUCCAUGUUUUUUAAGCUCUUCUUCGGAUUGGAACAAAUAAUUGAAAAAAAGUAUUCAUUUGACAACCAUCCUUUAGUCACCCAUGAAGAGAAACAUCUGAUAUGAUUUGCAAACAUGAACUUUGUUGUUGUCGGUUUCAUUCUCCAUUAACAAAUUCACAUUGAGCACCGACUGUGAAGGCAUCUCCUCCAUGUUGCCCGUAUUAUUAGUUUUUGAUCUUUUUGUUGAUUGUGAGUUUUUGAUCGUCUUAUUGAUUGAUUAGCUUUGCAAUGGUGAACAUAUAGGAAAUGAAUCGAGUGAGCUUUAGUUUUUUCUUCUUCUUAUGUUUAAUGAUUUAUUGUGAUUUUUAAGGAAUCUUUUGGAUUUGUUGGAAGCUAAUACCAUUCUAUUUUUGUUCCACUGCUUAAAUUUUAGUUACACUGGGUAGGAAAAUGUAAGCAAUUCAUCACUGGGUUUUGCGGUUUAGGGAUGAUGUAGCAGUUUGAUUUCUUUAAUCUUUAUAUUUAAGGAGAGGGGUUGACCCGGGUUAACACGGGUUGACCCACAAAACCCGUGACCCGGUCAUUUUUCGGGUCAACUACCGGGUUGGGUUUUAUAACUAUGACCCCUACACGCCCUAUUGCACGUGCCAUUGACCCUUGAGUAAGGUGACGGCCCUGAUUCAAAUGAUUGUCCUGCUCAUCUCGAUUCUUGGGAAGGAUCAGGUUCUUAAUGUUUCACCACGUGUCAUGUUGUGGGUCCAUAUCUCUGGGAUCUGUGACACGAGAGGCACGUGAAGCCUGGUACCUGUGUUAUUAUCCUGCAGUCACUGCAGGGACUUCACCAGAUAAUAGCUUAUCCAGUUUUUUUGUUUUUUUUUAUUUGGUUGUCAAGCCCAAAUAAGGCCGAGGUUAUAUGUAAAUGAAUUGAGUCAGAUUAACCUAAAUUAUCAACUAGAAAUUUCAUUUAAAAAAUUUCAAACAAUGCCACCUAGGAAAAAAAACAAAAAAAGUUAACUUAUUGAGAGUUAGGGAAGUCGGGCUUGGGAUAUAGGUAAAUCUUGAUUUUUUACCAAUGUCGACAGUUUUUUUUUUAAAUUUAGAUUAAUCUAGGUUCCAAAUUAAUGGGUCACAAGUCGUCCUACCAGUUCACUACGAGAUUAAUAACAGUAUCAACAAGACAUCACUUGGUUCUUUUACCAUUCUAGCAUCUUUUGGUAAGAAAAAUUAAAAAAAUAACACAAAUUAUAAGAAAACAAUCUAAUUUGAAUAUAAACAACUGCUAAAAAAACAGUGGUUAUUUCAAAACUCAUUUCUCAUUCAAAAUUAAUUAAUAUAUAUAAAAAUCAAUGCAAAAUUAAUUAAUUCAUUUUAAACACACAUGAUAUUGUUAAUUUUUUUUUUGAUAAGACGAAUCUAAUCAUGCCUUGAAAGACUACUAAACAAUAUCUAAAUUAAUUAGAGAUUUUGUUUAAGGUUAAUUUAAGAUUAAUUUAGGUUUAUUUUCAAAUUGUGCACCUUAUAUUAUUCUUCCAAAAAUUUUACCAGCCCUUGUUAUUUUUCAAAAAACAAAAAUUCAGAUAACUUGCAUAAAAUAAAUCUAAUUUAUUUACCAACCAAUGACCCAAACCCAUAUCUCUUCAAGAAAAAACUCAACUUUAUCAUACAAAAAGCUCUUGUUCCCACCUUAGAAACUCACAGUUCUCUACUCUCUCUCUCUCUCUGUGUCCGUGAUUUGUAGUAAAACAUUAAAACUUUGCUUUAGAAGCACGAGUACAUUGUUACUACCGUAAAAGCCUUGAUCUUUGCACUCAUAAAGAACCCACCUCUCUCUCUCAUUCACUCCACUCUGCUACCUUCACUAGCUUUAUCCCCAUUUCCAUGCUUAACAAAGCAAGUGUUAAGACCCUAUGACACCCUGAAAGAAACAGGCAACCGGGUUUGCUUUGGCUUCUCUUUCUUUAAUGAGAGACAAGAAGGUAGAGAAAGCUUGGAUAUUUUUGCUAGACAUAUAUAAUUGGUUGUAAUGGGCGUGGAAGAUAGUUGGGAUACAGUAGUGUCACCACCAACAACAACGUUAGUGCCUUUGAAUUUAGAAAGAGAUGAUCAUUGGAGACAUUUUGAUAAUUCAGUGAAUGCUGUGUCUUUUGGGUUUGUAGCUACUGCUAUAUUGAUAUCUAUGUUCCUUGUUAUGGCUAUCUUUGAAAGGUUUUUAAGGCCAAGAUCAUUGUCUUCCUCUGCUGGUACUAAUGGCAGUUCUUCUUCUUCUUCUAAUGAUCUUGAAGCUCAAGUUGUUUUCCAUGGCAAGCUUGAUUUCCCAUCUCUAAAAAUGACAGUUUAUGAGAAAGGGGUAUCAGUCCUGAUGCCCGGUGAUGAUGUUCCUACCUUCCUUGCACACCCAGCUCCCGCACCCUGCCGUCCCGAGCGCAUGAUCAUACAACCACUCCAACAACAUAGCCUAUGCCACAGCUUCACCUCAACCUCUACUUCAAGCUAA